UCAUUUGAACGAUAGUUGUCGCUGUAACGUUGUGUCUUUGCGGCCUGUUCCUUUUGGAGCCGGGGCCUGGGCUGGGAUUUCCCCCCCUAUAAGAACCUGCUACUUGCCGACUGGAAUGAAGCAGAGCUGAGUUACUACUAUAACCCGGAACAGGCUUCUUUGCAGAACAUUGGCUGACUUCCACAGUGUAUAGAAUGGGGGACUCAGACCGAGAAGAUUACAAGAUACAGGAGUUUGAUACGGACACUCAGAACCUUCUCAAGACUGCUCUUAAAGAUCCUGGCAAGGUGGACCUGGAAAAAGUGUCUAAUGUGAUUGUGGAGCAGUCUUUGAGAGACGCCACAUUCAGCAAAGAGGCAGGACGAAUGUGUUACACUAUUAUCCAGGCAGAAAGCAAGCAGACUGGACGCAGCAUAUUUCGCUCAGGGCUCCUAAACCGGCUGCAGAUUGAGUAUCGGAAUCGGGAGGAGAUUCGAGCUCGCUCGGUGCAGGAGUGGGUGUGUUACGUCAGCUUCAUCUGCAAUGUCUUUGACUAUUUGAGGGUAAAUAAUAUGCCAAUGUUGGCAUUGGUUAACCCUGUAUAUGACUGCCUGUUUGAGUUGGCACAGCCUGACAGUUUGACCAGGGAUGAAGAGGUGGACUGCCUGGUGGUGCAGCUGCAUCGUGUCGGGGAGCAGCUGGAGAACAUGAACGCUCAGCGUAUGGAUGAUCUCUUCUUUCUGCUCAGGGACAGCUUCCUCUUGGAGAGCAGAUUAAGCUCCCUGGCUCAGCUUUUACUGCUUGAAAUGAUCGAGUUUCGGGCAGCUGGCUGGAAAACGACAGACGCUGCACACAAAUAUUAUUAUAGCGAGAUGCCCGACUAAACAGGAUUUUAACAUCCUCUUGCAUUGUGGGUGCUAUGUACUUCGCCGCAGUAUUUGCAAUAUAUUAAACAACUUUGGGAUUUAUAACGGAGCUUUCUCUCCAAGAAAUCAACUUUGGUAAUGAGCUUAGUUGUUUUUCUAUAGAGUAUAUUGAGGUGCUGAAAUUUUUCUCUCUUCUGGACUAUAACCUAGAGUUUGUUACCUAAGCAUAAAAUGCUCAGAAUCGCACACAUUUAUCUAGAUUUCCUUGUGCAAUUGGCAUUUGAAGAUACAGGAAAAGAAUAAUUGGGCUUACGCUGUUUUUAAACAUUUUCCAAAAACUGGUGAGGCUAAGGGAAGAGGAGUGUGUGUAUUAUCCCCAAAUAUCACACUCACAGUCUUGGACUUUAGCAGAGAUGUAAAAAUCCUCACAUGCUAAACCUACGCGUUUCGAUCAAUUAUACCAAACUUCUACAGGAAUUAAAUCUAGACCUUUUUCUGAUCGUUGACCUGGUUUGACACUGACUGUUUUAUUACACCUCUCUUUUUUGUGCUGGAAUUUUAUGCAGAUACUUUGUUGUUUUUUGGUUUACAGACAAAUGUUUUUAUGAUCAAAACAUUUUAAUAAAUACAUUUUUAUCA